GUUUUAAGAAAAAAUCUACACCUCGCUGCCUUGCAAUCUUCCAUGGGGAAGACGGAGAAAGAAAAGCGUCCUUGCGUAACCAAGCCCGGCCAACUCAUCACCCAUCGCACGCCAUUUCGCUCCGCGGUUAUUUUGCGCAGGCCUUCUAUUUUCAGAAAGCCCCAGACCGCGACGACGGACGUUCCGACCUUAUUUUUUUCAACCGCAAGCUGCUGAGUGUGAUUUUCCGUGACAGGAGCUCAGAUUCCGCCGCCUGCUUCCCUCACCCAAGGGGUUCGCUCAUCACAACACCGAAGCAGCGGGUGCGCCUGUCUCUUAGCUGAUCGGUGCGGUCGUGCAGGGUGCCUCAGACUCCUUCUGUCGCCGUCGUCCUUUCACGCAAACUUUUGGGUGUCCUCGCGUGUGGUUCUGGGCCUUCAUACACGGUUCGCUCGCACAAUAGCAGACGCAGGCUGCGGCGAGAUUUCGUCCAACGGUAAGUGACAGGCGAGACAGGUUCAGAGAUGUCACACGAGGGCGUGGUCCAUCAGUUUGGGGGAAUUGGCGGAAAGAUGGCCGCAGGCUCGUCGUCGUCCCGCUCAACCAACUCUGAUUCUUCCUCACCAGUAGUCGCAUUGCAAGCAGGCCACCGAAGCACAGGUAGCACCGUCAACAGCAGUAAAUCCAGGAGUGCCAGCUCCAGCAUCAGCACUAUUAGCAGUAGCGCAAACACCGGCAGCGCACCAGCAACAGGAACCUCGGGAACCGCUUCAAAUACCCCCUCCUCCCACUCCUCCUCCUCCUCCUCCUCCUCCUCCACCACCGUCUCCGCUCUCGCCGGCAACACAAUCGCAAAGGCCAAGUCGAAUUCUGUCCGCGAUCCCGUUGCCAAGCCCCCAUACCCGGCGGUUUCAGGCUCCCAAACCCGACAGCAGGCGCACUCGCACUUGAGCUCACUGUCUGUUAGCUCCCAGCGCACUGGUGGCAUUUUCGCACUUGCCGCCGCCGCCCUUGACAAAACCUUGGCCGGUUUAGGAGAGCCUAGAAUCCGGUCACGUCAAUCAAACGGUCGUCUUUCCGCCGGCCCCGAGUCCCCCGUUGGCGGUCCUCUGCUGCCCGGCCCGGACAAGUCCUCCCGCUCCAGGUCCGCUUCCAGGUCUUCCCCCGAGGACGAAAGGUACUUGGCCUCCUCGCUAGUGCCCCGGGAUCCCAAUCCCCCUUCCCAGCCGUACAGCGAAACCGAUCCGAACAGACCUCUGCCCGUACGCGUCAGCCGCGUUGACAACAAGAUGCACCAAACUUCCUCGAGACUGUUGCGCAUGACGGAUGACGAUCGCCCGUUCACAAAGGAUUUCAAAGAUCUCUUUUCAACGUUGAUCGUCUCUCUUCUUCCCCUCUCCGCCCAUCGUGUUCGCCUGACCAAGGUAGAACACACCUUCCUGUCUGAGGAUGCCAUCAAUAACUUGGGCUCCCUCAAAUUCUCGCAGUCCAACCGCAUGCCGGACCCUAAGGAUCCUUCGCGCAUCGUGACCACUACGACCACAACAACCUUCUCAAUGGCCAAGGACAUGGCCCGUUCGAUAUGUCAAAGAUUCCUCGAGGCCAGGUUUAUCGAGUCUGCGGAUGGCAGAUACCAACAGGUAUACAGCAUGAAGGGGUCCGUAUGGCAGCUGACACCCAAGGGAAUCUCCAUUUUGGAUCGCUUCUGCUCCAGAAACGGCAUUCAACAGAAGCAAGUCGCCGAGCUCAUUGGAAAUUCGUUGCCUCAGAUCGUCAUUUUGGAGCGCAAUCCUCAAACUGACAAGGUGCUUACCGACCGCGCACUGAUUGAAGUCAUCUUCCGCCGGUUUAUUGGACCCAAUGGCUUCAACAUCAAGCAGAGCGUGAGCUCGGCGGACUCGGAUUCUCUGAGUGACUACAGGGAUGGUCUGACGGGUGUCAAGAUGGCUGCGGAACGCAAAGUGAACGGCAGGACCUACCGAGACACAUUCACUGGAAAGGCUGCAACGGACUGGUUGAUGGACUGUUCGACCGCAGUCGACCGCAGGGAAACAAUCGAAAUCGCCUCCCUUUUUGUCGAGUAUGAGCUCAUGGAGGCCGUUCAGCAAGACAAGGCCCACAUGCAACAAAACCCCGGCCACCACCUAUUUCAACCCACCAAGCACGCCAUCUACCAGGUUACACCCAAGGGCAAGGACCUUGUCAAUGGAGCGUUGGUUCGCGGACGGCCUUCUGAAAGUGAUGGCCAUUCUGCGUCCCGCUCUGUUGGCAUCGCGCGUGAUUCCAAUACCCAGCGCCUAGACAAGAUCCUCAACGAGAAUUCGUUGCGUCUGCUCUUCCGCGAGAACCUCCGUGAGACCCACUGCGAGGAGAAUCUUGCCUUCUACUUGGAUACCGACGAAUUUGUCCGUCAAUGCAGAGCAGCGAUCGACCUUGCGCAAAGAAGCCCCAACAGCGCGGCUUCCUUGGAUGGAAUCAAGGAGAUCAUGGCUCAGGCCUACGGCAUCUACAAUGCCUUCUUGGCCCCUGGUUCUCCAUGCGAACUCAACAUUGACCACCAGUUGCGUAACAACCUCGCGACACGUAUGACCAAGGCGGUGGGCCAGGACGUCACCAUGAUUGAUACGCUUCGAGAAGUCAUGGCGCUUUUUGAAGAUGCUCAGAAUGCUGUCUUCAAGUUGAUGGCGAGCGAUUCGGUCCCCAAAUUCCUUCGCAAUCCGAAGUACGAGCAGACGCUCAGGAACUACGACUUUGAUUCGAUUACGCCCGUUCAUGGCCAGGGACGCAUGGUGGAGCGCAGCCAGAGCAGGUCGAACCGCACGUGAAGUCUACACGCGUGUGUGGCCGAGAAUAGGUAGGGGACGAGAGACUAUCGACCCUGACCCAAGUCUUGGAAUAAAAACCCGAUUUCGAACACGUUCAGCAUCUUCUCUAAAAUAUGGGGAGCAGGCUUCUUGUCCUUGUGCAUAAGGGAGUCUAGGACUCCCGUGUUACUUCACUUGUCCUGGUGGCUAAAUAUCUACUAAUUUUGUUACCAUCUUUCCGGUUCACUUACUCUUCUUUGGAGAUAUUCGGCGUUCAAAGGAUAACACGCGACAUAGAUGGGGGGGAGCUGGUCACCUGCAUAUAGUCUCCAUUUACUUUGUCAUCUUGGGGAAGGUUUACGAACUGGUCAAGGGGGGUUUCUGACAGCAUAGGGAAGGUGGGCAAGGAAACGGACGGUUUGUCAAGGGAAAGGGAAGGGGUGAUCAAUUGCAUUAAGUUCGAUGGCACCAUUGUCCUUGGGGGCUGCACAAUAUUGUUCAGGCCAGGUGAUAAUCUACCCAUUACUCUAUAGAGGGCUUCCAUACUGGGAAGAUCCGUGUAUCAAUCAGUCUGCGUGCAGAAGAAAGCUGGCAGGGCCAGCUUAAGAAAGAGAAGGUAUGAAGGCAGAGGCCAACAAGACUUGUUUGUGUUGGUUGGGGGGAAUGAAGGACCGACAGUGUGUGGAAAGGCUCACUGACGGUGCUCUGUCCCAUACCUUGGACUCGCAAAAUUAGAAUCAGUUCAAC